AUGUUUGCUCUUGAAAUCGGGGUGGACCUUGGCAAGUCGGUGCUGGCGCUGCAAGUAUCCCUGCAGAAAGAAACAAGGAUCCAAGCUCUUGUUUCUACCAGCUUGCUCGCGCUGCUUGUGUUCCUUGGCACCACCUAUGCUCAGUCCAAGCUGACAUCUGAACCGCAUGCCAUAAACCUCUCUUCUGGCAAAUACCACCGCCUCGACCGUGCCACUAACAAAGAACUGAUCUGUGACAAGUGUCCUGCAGGAACCUACGUGUCUAAACAUUGUACAAAGACUACCUUGAGAGAGUGCAGCCCUUGCCCAGUUGGGACCUUUACCAAACACGAAAAUGGCAUUGAGAGGUGCCAUCUCUGUAGGAAACCGUGUGAACCGCCAAUGACUGAGAAAAUAGCCUGUUCUGCCUUGACUGACCGGGAGUGCACUUGCCUGAGUGGUACUUUUCGGGUUAAUGACACCUGCAGACUUCACGCGGUGUGCCCAGUGGGCUGGGGUGUGCGGAAGAAAGGAACAGAGACCGAGGAUGUCAAGUGUAAACAAUGUCCUCCCGGUACCUUUUCGGAUGUGCCUUCUAGCGUGAUGAGAUGCAAACCAUACACUAAAUGCUUGGGAAAAAAGCUGAUAAAGCUUGGGACAAGAAAGAGCGACAACAUCUGUAGGGAUCCCUCAUCCCCCCUUAGCACAGUGUCUUCGUCAAGCCGAGAAGAGUCUGAAGAACGCUACGAAGUUCAAUCUACCACUUAUUUUCCCAAAGGCAUGACCCCUUCAUUUUCAAGCUUUGCUGCCUCUCCUAGACCAAAUGUGUACAACAGCACAAAGGAACCAACAGAUGUUUACAAUGAAACCUCAGCAAAUCGGACGGAUGGUGUCAACCUGACCGUCUCCAGGGCUAUCGAUCACCAGCAGCACUACCACCACACACAUGCCAGUCAGUCGGUCCUGAAAGUGCAGCCAGCACUGGAGAUGACGGGAGGUGAGAAGGCGAGCAUCCCCUACAAGCCUCCCAAGAGAGGACUUAACCGCCAGAACGCCCACAAGCAUUUCGAUAUCAAUGAACAUUUACCAUGGAUGAUUGUCCUGUUUCUGCUGCUAGUUCUUGUGGUUAUAGUUGUGUGCAGUGUCAGGAAAAGCUCGCGGACUCUGAAGAAGGGACCUCGGCAAGAUCCCAGUACCAUUGUGGAAAAGGCUGGGCUGAAAAAAACCUCAACUCCAACACAGAACAGAGAAAAAUGGAUCUGUUACUGCAACGGGCACGGCAUAGACAUACUGAAGCUCGUGGCAGCCCAGGUCGGAAGCCAGUGGAAGGACAUCUACCAAUUUCUGUGCAGUGCAAGUGAACGGGAGGUCGCAGCUUUGUCCAACGGCUACACGGCCGAUCACGAACGGGCUUAUGCCGCCUUACAGCACUGGACCGUCCGAGGCCCUGAAGCCAGCCUCGCUCAGCUCAUCAGCGCUCUGCGUCAGCACAGACGUAACGAUGUUGUAGAGAAGAUCAGGGGCCUGAUGGAAGACACAGCCACGCUGGAAUCUGACAAACUGGCCCUACCAGUAAACCCCAACCCUCUCAGCCCCAUUCCCAGUCUGAAUCAGAAGCCUCCUGAUGCCACCAUCCUCACCAUCGAACCUUCUCCCUCUGAAAAAAACAAGGGCUUCUUCGUCGAUGAGUCAGAACCUCUUCUGCGUUGUGAUUCGACUUCCAGCGGCUCCUCUGCUCUCAGCCGAACUGGCUCUUUUAUUACCAAAGAAAAAAAAGACACAGUUUUGCGUCAGGUGCGAUUGGAUCCUUGUGACCUGCAGCCCAUCUUUGAUGACAUGCUUCACAUCCUAAAUCCUGAGGAGCUCCUUGUGAUAGAAGAGAUUCCACAGGCAGAGGACAAGCUGGAUAGGCUAUUUGAGAUUGCUGGGGUCAAGAGCCAGGAAGCCAGCCAAACACUCCUGGACUCUGUGUAUAGCCACCUUCCCGAUCUGUUGUAGACAUUGGUCACCGCACACUCUGAAUAUUGCUAGUACUAGCUUGGCACUUGUUCAAGGUGGUUGACAACAUGCAGGCAGGUGUUUGAUAGAAUUACAUGGCCAGUAUUUUCUUCAAGGUCUCUUGGGUUUUGGGUGGGGGCAGUUUACAGACAUUGCACCUUUCAUCCUUAACUUUGUUGCAGAAUUAAAAUCUUGGCUGCUGCCCCCAGGCCCUUCUGAGUGACCUUUUUCUGUUCUCAUUCCGCUCAAUCGUUUUAUGCACUUUAAAAAUGCAGUUAAUUAACUAAAGACCACAAAUCCAGCAUAAUGUAUGUCUGGAAGCUGGAACUGUUUUAACCCAUUUUUGGUUUGAUCAAAUGUCUUAUUUUGAGGUACCUCUCCUCGUCAUACAUCUUUUAUCCCUCAUGCCCCCUGCGCCUCAGUGGUGAAUGGGAAAGCGUGCAAAGUGUAUGUCGUUGUUGGUUGCUUUCUCUCCUGGUAUCUCGCUUUUCUUUUCUUUUUCCUUCAGUUGACUUUUUUUUUUUUUUAAUGUACUGUUGUAUAGGUCCUAUUCAUUGCUCAGAUUUUACUCGCACAGGUAUUUAUUGUAUGGUUUUUCACCUGGACAAUGCAUAGAAUGCUUGAUUUACUUGUGCUCCUGUAAGCUAAUGCAGAAAUGUGUUUGAAAGACAUGAAAAAGGUUUAAUUCCUCCGGCCUUCAGGAUUGACGUAACACAGUCCUUCUGGCCUGCAGCCGAAUGUAACGCAAGCAAGGAGCAUCUCACCUUGCCACUUGUACGUGCAGCAGGCCCGUUUCUGAAACGUCUUGAUCAGCACUGGUGCUGGACUCUGGAAGGUGAAGGAAAACCCUGGUGGUACCACCCUUCUCGUGAUCAUAAAACUUACCAAGCUCUGCUUUUUACACUCGUGUCUCUUGGGUUUUUUUUAUACAGACGUGGCCACUAGGUUAGGUUCCAGAGACCUUGCCUGGUCUGAAUUGUCUCUUUAUUUUUUAUUUAAAAACU